CAGUGGCUCAAGAAGAGCCAGUAAUUGAUGAAAAAGAUGUAACUAUAAAAGUUUCAUCUAGAAAUUUUAUUGAUAAAGACUAUAUUAAUAUCGAAAUGAUGUGCUAUUAUUCUAUAUAUGCUCAACAUUUAAUGAACGUGAUUACUUCUAUUAAAAAACAUUCAGUAAUUUACAUUAAUAGAGAGCUUAUGAUAACUAACGAUUCUAACAUAGUUCAUAUUCGAAACAUUUCUUUUUCUGAAUAUCAAAAUUCAAUUUUAUCUGCUAGAGAUUCGAUUCAUCUUUCUUGGAAAACUAAAGAUAAAGAUGAUAAAAACAAAUCAAACACUGUUGCUUAA